UCAGGACUAUAAAAAGCCGUAAAGCAAUCUACAAUAGCAACAAGCAAAAGGGUGAAGAAGAAGAAAAAGCUUCCUUUAUUUUCAUCAACGCCUACUUUCCAAUCCAAGUUGAUUAAAUUAAAACACACACGCAGAAAAGUACGGAUAAGAUGAAGAAAUCAACAAUGGCGGGAGCUAAUAGAGCGUGGGAUCUGAUCCAUGUAGCAUUGCUCUGGGCCAGAAAAGGAACACGUUUCAGGAACAGACUACAGCUCACCGUCAAGUUCGUUAAGAGCCUCCACCGCCGCCAGUCCCGCCUCCAUCGCGAUUCCUACGCCGCCAUCCGUCUAGGUGAGCGCCAAUUCUCUUUUGACGACUCCCCUGUCUUUCGCCUGAAGAUGCGCCGUCCCGCCCCCUCCUUCCGUUUCAAGCUGCCUCACAUUCCCUGCAUCAACCCUCACGAGGUCGAUUGCGAUUUCGAAUUUGACGGCGGUUGCGACGGCGAGGAGGAUCGUGAUAGGAUCGUGUCCUGCGAAAGUGACGGUAAUGGCAGUACCGAUUCGAAUUUGUUCGAGGAAACAGAGGCGGAUGAUUAUGGCGAGAACUGCUAUGGAAUUGAUUUGAAGGCGGAGCAGUUCAUCGCUAAGUUCUACGAGCAAAUUGAGCUUCAAAGACAGUUAUCUUAUCUGCAGCGUUGUGAAGUGCUUGCGGGCACGCCCAAUUGAUUCCAUUCCCUUUUAACUUCAAAAAAUUUAGAAAUUAAACUCUUCUCUUCGUCUUCAUUCAAGACGCAUUAUUAGAGAUUGGCUUGUUUAUACGUAGUAAUAACUAAUAAAAACAAUUUGAUAUUCCAAAAUAUCAGUGUUGUAUUUUUUCUUAAAUAUGAAGAAUUAAUGUCAUUCCUGGAAAGUACCAUCAGUUUUUUCAUUAAUAGUAUGGAGUAACAUACUACGUAUUAAUUCCUAAUUAUGCCAC